UGUGUGAAAUAGUCCCUGUGAUUGUGAGAGUGAGUGUGUGUGGGUUGUGUGGGUAUGUUUGAGUAUGUGUGAAAUAGAUUGUGAGUGUUAUAUGUGUCUAUGUACGCCAACGAUUGCAUACGUGCCUUUACAACAGACCAUCAACUAAUUCAGUUUGUAAUCUUUGAAAAAUACAGUUUUACAUUUUUUUUUCUAAAAGAACGAACAAAUCAAACAUCAACAAACAAAGGAGAAUCGUUACCACUGAGAAAGGCAAAACGAAUUACUUCUCCAUGUGUAAAGAAGCAAGAUAGCACCCAUGGUGCUCCAUUCUUUAUUUACUUCUUCUCUGAACGAAUAGAAUUAUCGCUAUAUCGAUUGAGAUUCCAUCUGUAAAGACUUCCUGCACAGAACGGUCAGCAAUGUCAUUUAAACGUGACCAAUACUCGAUUAUUUUCAUAUCAAUCCUUCAUUUCAUUUAUUUUAUUGUGGAGAAAUACUUCAGCGUUUUGACAAAUUCUUUAGCUUUGGAAAUCGAUUCCUACCGGGUUCUUGCUGAUGGAGCCUCGUUGCUGGUUAGCAUCGUUGUCAUGAAAAUAGCUCGAAAUAGAAAGGAAAAAAACACCUACGGUUAUGGACGUUGCUACGUUCUUGGUGGCUUUGCUAAUUCCACGUUCAUUUUAGCUCUGUCAAUAUCCAUCAUCAGUCACACAGCGAAGCGUCUAAUCACAACAGUGGAGCUGAAACAACCAUCUAUAAUUGUUAUCAUGGGUUGUGUUGGACUUAGUGUCAACCUCCUUUGUUUGAUUAUACUUGCUGUGGCUUUGAACCGGCAGAGACGAAAGAACAAGAAACUGAAAUGUUAUGAAGAUGACAAGGAUUGUGGCUAUAACAGUCUGUCUUGUACUAGCAAACAUUCUCAAGCGGUAAAGCUGUCGGAAGAAAAACUUAUCGCAUACCAGGUUCAAACAAAAAAAGGUCAUGUUGAUUUAUAUCUGCUUUGUGUUCACGUGAUCGGGAAUAAUUUAGCAUCUCUUGGACUAAUCUUGAGCGGACUUCUCAGUAUUUUCGGAGAAGGUCACUGGUGCCACUACGCUGAUCCUUUGAUUACAAUCUGUAUUAUUUCUUUGAUCAUUAUCACCAAUUUACCAUUACUUUACAGAACAUCACACAUCAUGCUGCAAACUCUUCCAAAUGAUAUUCGAGCUGAAGACUUCAUGGAACAAAUUAAGAAAAUAGUUCCUGGUGUUCUCAAUGUCCAUGAACUUCAUUUAUGGCAGCUAACAGACAAUACAGUUGUUAUCACGUUGCAUUAUGUUGUCACGUCUUCUCAUUUCCUCAACUCUUUUCAUCAAAUCAAACAAUUAAUGAAGAAAGCAGGAAUACAACACAUUUCCAUCCAACCAGAAAUUUCUCCUGUAAGUUGAUCUUCUUUCUUGACAAUAUGGCUGAGAAAAAAAAACUACAUCAAGAAAGCGUUCUCGAUACUAAAUACAAAUGUAGAUUCCAGGCAUUGCAGUUGCUUCCCAACUAAGUAGUCUUAGGUUCAAUCCGAAUGCGUGGCAUCUCGGGUAAAUGCCUUCAACUAUAGCCCUGGGUCGACCAAAGCCUUGUCAGUGGAUCUGGUAGACGGAAACUGAAAGAAGCACAUUGUGUAUACUAUAUGUGUGUAUGUAUGUGUGUGUAUGUGUGUGCGUAUGCGCGUGUGUGUGUAUCAUCGUCAUACAUGAGAGGUUGUUAGUUUCUAGUCUUCCAUGAAAAACAAGUUUGGCCAUGGGGGAAAUAUAGCCUUACUUGGAAAUGGGUGAGGGUUAGCGACAGAAGGGGCAUCAAGCCAUUGAAAAUCUGUCUCAAAAAAUUCCGUCUGACCCAUGCAAGCAUAGAAAAGUGGAUGUUAAAUAGUGAUGAUAAGAGUAGGAUCGUAUACAGUUCGAAUUCUUCUGUUGCUGUUUAGGCCUAGGUUGAUCUUAAUCAAGCAGAUUUAUGUCACAUAAGCAAUCGGCCGAAAGACUAAGUGUAGCCUACAGGUCUUACUGUCCCAGAUGUAACAGACCUCUGUGUUAACAUUGAUUAGACAACACAUUCUCAUAUGUACUCGCACCAUCUCCACUGUCAAGUCAAAGAUAGAGAAAUAUUGUUGCAAGGAAACAGUAAAACUGUGCGAGAAAGACAAAGGACAAAGAGGAAACGUGGUAAAACGUUUUAAAAAACCGCUAUCUCACAGUGAUUUAAAGAGUUUUCUGGCUGAAUCGUGUAGUUGAAACUUUCAAUAAUAAAAUAAUAAACCACAAUGUGAAAAAUAUAAAAUUGGAAUUUUUAAGAAUUUUCUGGUCAUUGUAGACUUUAAUAAUUCCUUUCUUUCAGUACAUACUCCCAUCUGAUUAAUAAGUGACUUUCUUAUAAAUGAAUAUAUCAUAGUAUAAAACUAGCUCCACACGCACACACACACACACAACUCCCAUUCAACAGAUACUAAUGCUACGGUGAUUUUUUGCAGAAGCGUUGAGAGACAAGUCAGAUGGUAUCUUUUAUUUAGAUUCCUGUUGCUUCUACUGACUUAAUCUUUUGUCACAUUGUCUGCCAUAAAACUAAUAUAAAUAAUAAUUUAGGUUUAACAUCAGUAUGAAACGCAACAGUCAAGUCAGUGUUAACGUAUUUAAUGCAGACAUUAAUAAAUUUA